CUGAAGCCUUGUUCUAUAGAAACAGCUUGUUUCAGGAAGUCAGGACAGAUCCCACAGUGCGUAGCUGGAAGUUAACUAUUAAACGGUUUAAUUCAGUUAUGUACUACAUUAACUUGUAGCUUGCGGUUUUGACCGACCUCCAGCGAUUUACUUAUUUCAUAAACUUUAGGGAACUUAAUUGAAUUUGAAAUUUGAAGAUUGCACACUUCAUUACGAAUAUAACGUGCAGUGAUACUUGCAGCUCUACAAUGUGCGACACCGCUAAAAACUCUGAACUGGCUAUAGGAGCCGGCUUGGCAGAACCAUCGCCUCAGCAGCUGGGAAGCUCUGUGACCCGGUCAAGAUAUCCGAAGUGUAAGACUAAUUUUAAAGAUCAGCCCUUAUUUGUGGAUUCCACCUUUCCCACGGAGGGCAUGGAGCAGUCCGGCCUGAAAUGGAAGCGACCCAAGGAAAUCUGUCCAACUGCACAGUUCAUCAUAGAUGAUGCCUCCCGCAUGGACGUGUGUCAGGGAGAUCUGAAUGACUGCUGGUUCUUGUCCGCGGUGGCGUCGCUCUCUCUACACCGCCACCUUCUGGAGCGUGUGAUACCUAAGGGUCAGAGCUUCCAGGAGGGCUAUACCGGAUGCUUCGUCUUCCGGUUCUGGCAAUACGGUGAAUGGCAAGAAGUGAAGAUCGACGACUUCCUGCCGACUCGGAACGGCCAGCUGGUGUUCUUGCGCUGCUCCAGAAAGGACGAGUUUUGGAGCCCCCUGCUGGAGAAGGCCUACGCCAAGCUGAAGGGGGGGUACGGGGCGCUCGACAUGGGCCUCCCCCACGAGGCCAUGCUGGACAUGACGGGGGGCGUGACGCAGGCGAUGAGCAUAAUGAUGCUGCCCAUGGACCUGGUCAGCUUCCUGCAGCCGCUGCUUCGGAAGGGAACGCUCAUAAACUGCGCCAGCUUCAAGGGCCCUUUUGGACAGAAGAAUGAGUUUGGAAUCAUUUUUCGACAUGCCUAUUCACUGACGGGGGUGGAGAAGGUUAGGACCAAAUUUGGGCAUGUGGACCUGGUGCGCGUGCACAACCCCUGGGGGAUGGGGGAGUGGCUGGGGCCCUGGAGUGACAUUAACGGCCCAGAGUGGAGAGUGGUCAGUGAGGAGGAGCAGAGGCGACUGAGCCGAGUCAGCAGGGAUGACGGAGAGUUCUGGAUGUCGGUGCCUGAUUUCCGUCAGCACUUUGACUCAAUGGAGCUGUGUCACCUCCACGACGGCGUGCUGAGCGAGCUGGGCUCCAGCCGACGGCCCUGGCACUGCACGGUGCAUUACGGGCGCUGGGAGCGCAGCCGGACCGCGGGAGGCCAGCCCAACGGAGGCUGGUUCUGGCAGAAUCCUCAGUUCGCCCUGACCCUGCUUAAGGAAGACAGUGACAAUGGUGGUGUUAAACCGACUUGCACCUUCCUGGUGGCAUUAAUGCAGAAGCAGAAAAGACGUACUGCAGCAAAGAUGGGCUUGAAUGUGCACAUCUAUCAGGCUCGCUCAGACUGUUCAUUCCUCUCUUCGCUGGACUUCACUUUGCAACAACCCCUGCUCAGCCUGCAACAGUACAACCCCCGCGCGGAGGUGGUGCUCAGUGGUCACCUAGCACCUGGAAAUUACAUCAUAAUCCCUUCAAUGGCAGAGGCCAAUCGAGAGGGAGAGUUCAUGCUGCGAAUCUUAACAGAGAAGGGGAACACAGCUGUGCCUACUGGUAUUCACAGGAUGGUUGAAAACCUCCCCACUGAGGUAAAGACAGCACAGCUCGCCCCUCCCAGAGAGCCGCUUCUUCCCGCUGCUGCGACCCUCCGCAUGCUAUUUAAGAAACACUGCAACAGCGUGAGUGCGGAAAAGAAGCGCUGUGGAGCUUUACAGCUGCUCAACCUGCUUAAGGAGGUGAUUGGAGAAGUGUUGGCUGGGUACGAGAAGGGACUUUGCCUUGAGCUCUGCAAGAGUUUUGUGGCCCUGAUGGAUAGCAAUGUGUCGGGACAGUUGGACUGGGAGGAGUUUCAUGAACUGUGGAAGAGGUUCAGGAAGUGGACGGAUAUCUUUGUAAAGGCUGACAAGAAUAAUUCGCAGUCACUUGAUUACAUGGAGAUCGGUCCUGCUUUGAAGGCUGCAGGGCUGUGGGUUGAUGAGUUUUUGAUGCAGCUGAUUGGCCUGCGGUACACGGAGCCAGAUAAUACCGUCAGCUAUUUCGGAUUCCUCUAUCUGCUUCUCAAACUGGACAGCACGAUCAGCAAAUUUAAUACAUAUGACAUGGUGGGCAUGGGAACAGUCUCACUCAAUUUUAGACAGUGGCUUCACUUGACGAUGUACAACUGAGCUCCUUCAAGACGGACUCUUUUUUCAGUUGAGAAUUAUGCAGCAGUAACUCUGAUCAAGGAUGUUGGGUUUUAUUCAGUUGUUUUUAAAUAAUUAAUUCCCCCCUCCUGUUCCUGUUUGUUGUUCCCCCAUUUGUAAUACCCAAUCACAUAAUUCUUGCUUCCAUUGGCGCAAAAUCCUCAGUCCGUUGGGGAGGGCUCAGAGUGUCCUUGUUCAUCCUCCAAAAUGCGCCAACCGCAGCGUCUUUUAGCUGUGCUGUCCGAGCUAAGCAGUCGGACGGCACCUCACCAACCAGAGGAGCCGCUAAUAAACAUUUUAUAUGUUACGUAUGCAGGCCUAAAUAUCAAACAAAAACAGUGGUAUCGGUGUAACGUAUUUGAUGACUCGGCAAAAGUUUCAAGCCCGUCCUGUCGUUUCACAUGUAGGCCUAAUAGUAAAACUGGAGGCUUUGUGAAGGUGUUCCGCUUUUUAGUGCACUUGUAUAUUUUGGCCUCUGGAGGGAGACGUAAAUAUGUAUGUUGUUUUCAUUUCAGGUACCUACGUCUUUCAAAUGUUGUACCCUCCGUACAAUAUAAUGAAACGCUUUCAGUGUUGAGCUAUGAUGAUUUCUUAAUUUGGAGUAUGAUAAUUAAAAAAAACAUUAAAAAAUA